AUGGCUGAGAUCUUGCUGGUCCAAGCAUUGGCAAAUAGAUAUGAAACUUCAGAACCUUACCCAGCAAAACUUAGGGUUCGAAGCUUGGUUCUGCUGGAAAAGAUGGUGAUAACAGUUGCAGAUUUGCUUGUAUCAAUUGGAGGUGUAGAGUCAUCACCACCACCAUCAGCGGAGGAGGAGAAGAGAGAGAUGCAACAGAAGCUCCGGAAAACAAAAAAAUUAGAAGACACCACUCCACUAAUAACUCAGUGA